AUGCGUGCAUUUAAUUCGGGCAAUCCGAACGCUGGCGAGCCCGCCGACAUCCGUGCGGAAGAGAACGCGAUGGAAGCGCACCUCCGCAAAUGCAUGUUUGCACCGUUGCGCGAUACAGCGCCAUCAUACAGCCAGAGUUGUGCGAUGCGAUCUGGUAGCAGCGGGUCGCCGCAUCUCAGUCCGACACACUCACAGUCAUCAAUGAAACGUUCUCGCCAACAAUCCAUGUCGCGGUACAUCGUGCCGCCCAUCAUCGACGACCAGAAAGACCGUUUUCAACGCUUGAUCCUGGAGUUCAUGGCGGAGAAUAGCCUGCCGGCUUCCUUCGUCGAAACCUGGAAGAUCAAGCGUCUGGUCGAUUUCCGCACGGCGACGCCUGGGCGCAUCGACGACGACCUCGACGCUCACGAACCGAUGGAUUCCGACGCGGAUGACGUCGAGCCCGAAGAACGCGGAGAUCAUAUUCUCUUCGAGUGUAGCCAGAUUCUCAGCAGUGGCAGCGGCGCCAAUCAGUCGGAUGAUGACAGUCUAGUGGAGGAGAUCCUCGAUCAUGGCCAAAUUCGCCCUUCGUGGCCGAAGGAGAAUGUGCCCAACUGGCCGCAGGAGCCUACGGCUGCGAAGCUCAAGGGCCUCCGAGGCAUCAAGGUAGAACUGGUAGGCCUCUUCGAGGGCGUCUGCCUGCCCGACUCAUUCUGA